AUGCUAUUCCCACGCAUGUUGAACAGGAUCAGGCAUGUGUUCCCAAUAUUGCGGAGAGAGACCGUCUUGUUACCCCUCUCUAGCCAAUCGUACUCCCAUCCAAGCCGACCAUACUCCCAUCAACACCCUCAGCAUCAGAUAGCCAACAUCGUCGGAAGCCCACAUGACUUCUUCCGCUAUACGAGUGGACGAUGGCUUUGGGAUGAAGCGCAGCGGCUUGAAGAGAGGCAUCGUGAGUUCGAUAUACUCGAACUGCAGAAAAUCGCCAUGGGACUCUCAUCUUCUGAAUCCUGCAUCAGUAUGGAAAAGAUAGGGGAAGGGUCGUACAACAAGUCUUUCAAGCUCACCAUGGAUAACGGAAAGACGGUUGUCGCUCGGAUUCCGAACCCGAAUGCUGGGCCGGCUUUCUUGACGACGGCGUCGGAGGUUGCGACGAUGGAUUUUUUACGAAACAUACUCCACGUUCCAGUCCCCGAGGUUCUUGCGUGGAAUGCUGCGGUUGAUUCUUUGGAUCCUGUAGGGGCGGAGUACAUCAUCAUGGAGCAUGCCCUGGGCAAGAAUCUGGCAGAUGCUUGGACAGACAUGGACAUUGAAUGUAAAAUUCAGACCAUGAAUGAUAUAGUGGCUGUACAGCAGAAGUUGUUAUCUUUGAGAUUCUCCGAAUACGGUUGUCUCUUCUACAAGAAAGACGCGCCUUCUGGAUCUCACCCUGCAAUAGUCGAAGGAGACGUGUCGCGUGAACUCAAGCAUGACAUUGCUGAGAAGUUCUCCAUCGGGCCGAUGGUCGACACUGCAUUCUGGAAUAACGGGCGAGGCGAUAUGGAUAUUUACUGUGGACCAUGGGGUUCUGCGGUUGACUACAUGCAGGCUCCUGCCCUUCGAGAGAUAGCCUGGAUCCAGAACCAUGCAGUUCCGCGUUCUCCGGAUGAUCCAUUAUUCGUGUCGCAUAGCCAGAACGAUCCGGCUGAACACGUUGCUCUUCUCCAGAGAUAUCUAGAUGCUGCUCCUCAUCUGAUCCCACAGGAGGCAGAUAUCUCAGGGUCGUAUUUAUGGCACACAGACCUUCGUACGCCUAAUAUCUUUGUCGACGAUCGUGGCCAUAUCACUAGCAUCAUAGACUGGCAAAGUACAUGCGCUGGUCCGUUAUUUCUACACGGCCGUCAUCCUCAUUUUCUCGACUAUAAAGAUGAGUUGAUCUUCAAAUUACCAGAGAAUUUCAAGCAAAUGGAUGAAGAUACGAAAAGCGUUACGAGGGACAAACUCGCCAGCUCGAUCUUAGUAUAUCGGUAUGAGAAAUAUACAGCGGAAAGAAACCCACUCCUGGACAAAGUGCUCCGGUAUCCAAAUGGCAAGACAUUAUCACAUCCCAUCAGCUUUGUGGGAAAUACAUGGGAUGAAGACAUCAUACCGCUACGAGAAUCUCUGAUACGGAUACAGAGGGAUUGGAAUCUCUUGAACCGUUCGACUCAGUGCCCCAUUGACUUCUCUCCGGAAGAAAUUCGCAAACAUUAUGAGGAUGGUGAAGACUGGAAUGAACUCCAGGACUUCUGGGAUGCUUUAUCUGGUGUCAUGGCCCGGGAUGGAUGGACCUCGUAUGUCACGUACGAUGAAGCUGUGUCUGUCUAUUCUCAGAUUCAGGCCACACAGCCCUCCACGGACGAUGUAGUGCCGGGGAGGAAUUGA